AGCGCGGCUCGCCCCGGCAGCGAGAGCCCCGGGGGCGGGGGGCAACGUACGGAAAGGCCCCUUAGCCGGUGCCGGGCUGCUGCGACCCCGCGGGCUGCAGCUGGGAGCCCGCCCUGUAGCCACGGGUCCGCUUUCCUGGCCCGGGCGCUGGUGCUCGCCAGGAAAUAGCCUCCAGCGGGGGGCGGUUUUGCUGAGCAGGGAAACGUGAACGAGGUCGGACCCCCCCGGCCAGCGUGUGUCCGAUCAGCCGGGGGGCGGAGAGUUCUAGGCUGGCCGCAGCCCGAUCGUAGAGGCUGGUAUAACGGCAAAAAAAUCUGAAUUCAUAGCUGGGUUCACUCGCUGCGCUAUACCGGGGCAGUCGCCCUUUUUUGCCCGCCCAAGAUGCCUGGCCGCUCGGAGGGAUUCCCGGGGUAGCUGUACUGGAAUCGAGAGCUUGUCCGACACGUGCAGGGGCUCUCAGUCGGGGAACGGGUAGCCCUAAUGGGACGCAGAGGUCUUUCGGGGGGGUACAUCCACCCAGCUAGACGUUUCCCUAGUUUUACAGCAGGCUACAUGGCGAAGUCAGUGCGAACUAACACUUCGUACAAUGACUUGGAUAUGCUGCUCUGUGUACUACACGCUGAAAGAUGGCGGAACGGAGGCUCCUCGUGCUCUUUGGCAGCCAGACUGGGACAGCUCAAGAUACAGCUGAGAGAAUUGGCAGGGAAGCCAAGCGGCGCCACUUUCGCUGCCGGGUCGAGGCCCUGGACAGUUACCUUGUGGCGCAGCUGAUCCAGGAGCUACUGGUGGUAUUUGUGUGUGCAACCACCGGCCAAGGGGACCCGCCUGACAACAUGAAGAAUUUCUGGCGGUUUAUCUUCCGAAAGAACCUGCCCCCUGCCUCCCUUUGCCAGAUGGACUAUGCUGUGCUGGGCCUCGGAGACUCCUCCUAUCCCAAGUUUAAUUUUGUUGCGAAGAAGCUGCACAAGCGGCUGCAGCAACUCGGGGCCAGCCCCAUCCUGCCAGUAGCCUUGGGAGACGACCAGCAUGACUUGGGGUUGGAUGCAGUGGUUGAUCCCUGGCUUCUGGACUUGUGGGGAAGGAUCCUACCCUUGUACCCUCUGCCUCCUGGCCUUGGCAUUAUCGGCCCUGAUGUCCUUUUACCCUCCAAGUUCACUCUGCAUUUUCUGGAGGAGCACUCCAGUGGCUGCGAUGGGGGCCAGUCCCGGCAGGAGGCAGCCAGGCAGGCCCCCUCAGAGCUUCGCCCCUUUGCUGCCCAGAUGGUGUCCAACCAGAGGGUCACGGCGGAAUCACACUUCCAGGACGUCCGGCUCAUUGAGUUUGAUGUCACAGGCUCUGGGAUUGAGUACCGGGCGGGAGACGUGCUGAUGGUCCAGCCCCGGAACGCCCCCGAGGACGUGCAGCAGUUCUGCCAGCUUCUGCGCCUGGAUCCAGAGAGAUGCUUUGUGCUGAAGCCCUCUGAGCCCGGAACCCCCCUUCCAGCCCACUUGCCGCAGCCAUGCACCAUCCAGCACCUGGUUGCCUGCUACCUGGACAUUUCCUGUGUUCCCCGUCGCUCUUUCUUCGAGCUCUUGUCCUGGUUCUCACCAAACGAACUGGAGCGUGAGAAGCUGCAGGAAUUCAGCUCUGCGCAGGGCCAGGAGGAGCUCUGCAGCUACUGCAGCCGGCCCCGCAGGACCACCCUGGAGGUCCUCUGCGAUUUCCCUCACACCGCUUGUGCUGUUCCAGUUGACUACCUGCUGGACAUCAUCCCCCGGAUCCAGCCCCGUGCCUUUUCCAUCGCCUCCUCCAUGCUGGCUCUCCCCAACAGACUCCAGAUCCUCCUGGCUGUGGUGCAGUACAAGACUCGUCUCAGCAAACCCCGACGUGGCCUCUGCUCUACCUGGCUGGCAUCCCUCAACCCUCAGCAAGGGGAUGUCCGGGUGCCUCUGUGGGUGAAGAGGGGAGGAAUGAAGUUCCCUGCAGAGCCAGACACCCCCAUAAUCAUGAUUGGCCCUGGCACGGGAGUGGCACCCUUCAGAGCAGCCAUACAAGAGCGCGUUGCACAUGGCAGGAAGGAGAACUAUUUAUUUUUUGGCUGCCGCCAGAAAUCCAAGGACUUUUACUGCGGGGCUGAAUGGCAGGAGCUGGUGAAGAGCGGGCACCUGACUCUCUUUACAGCCUUCUCCAGGGACCAGGAGGAGAAGAUUUAUGUUCAGCACAGAAUUAGAGAGAACAAAGGACUGGUCUGGGAUCUACUGAGCCGUGGGAACGCUCACAUCUACCUGGCGGGAAAUGCCAAGCAAAUGCCAGCAGCAGUAGCAGAAGCUCUAAAAUCCAUGUUGCAGUUGGAAGGGGACCUGUCCCCUUCAGAAGCUGAGGAGUAUCUAACAGCCUUGGAGAGAUCCCAUCGCUUCCAGAUGGAAACCUGGUCGUAAGCCUGAAGCCGGGCCUGGGACUGCCUGCUCCUAGCCAUUCCCCCACGCAGCCGAAUACUUGUAGCUAUGUGGGAGUGUCCAGGCACAGACAACAUCCAAUAAACCCGUCAGCACCUUG